AUGUUAUCCUCAUUAAGACGUCAAAUUAACGUGAAAGAUCUCUUUCCAACUCGAUGGAGUUUUAUUAUUUUUAUCUCAUAUAUGGGUUUAUUUAUUAAUCAAGGUUUAUUAGUAACUGGAUCAAAAACUGCAACACAUUCAUAUAAUUAUAAUACAAUUGUAGUUGUUUUACUAACUGAAUUUACAAAACUCGUUGCUGCACUUACUAUUUACCGACAAACUCAUUCAUUUAAUCAAAUGCGAACAGAUAUAAUGAAUAAUCGAACAGUAUUACUCCUUUAUUUUAUCCCAUCAGCAUUAUAUUGUUUGUAUAACAACUUAGCGUUUAUAAAUUUAUCAUCUUAUGAUCCGACAACAUAUUUUCUACUUCUUCAAUUUCGUGUUGUUGUUACAGGAGUUAUAUUUCAAUUUCUUUUUCAUAAACGUUUGACACGUCUUCAAUGGAUAUCUUUAUUACUUCUUACAUCGGGUUGUAUAAUCAAACAAUUUGAGCAUUCAUCAUUGUCAAUCAAAAUCCCUCUGUUAAAAUCAAAUUCUACUCUGUCCAAUUUAAAAGAUAAUUCUAUAUCAAAAAAUGCUUCCAUAAUUAAUAUACAACUUAUAUGGAUACUUGUUCAAGUAUUUUGUUCAUGUUUUGCAGGUGUUUAUAAUGAAUAUUUAUUAAAAAGUGAUCGUACAAUUCAAGUUGAUGUUAUGUUACAAAAUGCUUUUAUGUAUAUUGAUUCAAUUUUAUGUAAUACACUAUUAUUACUCUAUUUCGAUUAUCAACAACCAAAUUUAUCAGCUAUAGAUAAAUUUUCUAAUACAUUAAAAUUAAUAACAUCAGGCAAAGAAAAUCUUAUUUUAUUAAUUAUAAUUAAUAAUGCUGCUGUUGGUAUUGUUACAUCAUUAUUUCUUAAAUCAAUGACAUCAAUAUUAAAAACAUUUGCUAGUGCUUUAGAAUUACUUUUUACAAGUAUACUUGCUUGGAUAAUUUUUUCAAUACCUGUUAGUAUUUAUACAUUUAUUGCUAUAUUUAUUGUUUCAUGUGCUGUUUAUUUAUAUUCGAUAAAUCCUGUUGUUAAUUUACCAAAAAAUAUUCUGUUAAAUAAUGAGAUAAAUUCAUCCAAUGAUAAUAAUACUGGAGGUGCCAAUUCAAAACAUGUCAAUGUUGAAAUUGAACAAGGACGACGUGUUAAUGUUUAA